CACGUCGUUCGGCAGGUCCAGGAAGUAAACUGUCCAGUUCGGCCAGUGGUUAACAGAAAUCUCCUACGGAGACAGUUUAUUUAAUUCGUAAUAAAUUCAAAACUGGCGACUUAAUUUUUUUUUCUACGGGCUUUCCCGGAGACUUCUGCAGGGGCUCCCUCGCGUUACCUAGCAGCGAAUUCUCUGCGUCCUUUUUCACGGAGCACAGGUGUCGAGCUGUCAGCUGUGGACUGCAAAAGGAAGCAAAAUCUCUUCCUUGAUCAUGGUGGAUGCUGCUCUGGCUCAGGUGGGAAAGAACCUGAGUGAAGCCAUGAGGAUCCUUGGAGAUGGACAGAUGGAGCCAGAAGCAGGAACGGAAAGCCGACGUUUCAGUAGAACCAGUAUCCCCGGACCUCUACAGGGAGAUGGCCAGGAUGUAACCACAAUACUGCACCUUGUUCACCAUCUCAUCCAUGAAGAGGAAGAUGAAGAGGAUGGGAGGGACAAGGCCUGCCAGCCGAUCCAGAAUGUGGGGGAACAGGGUCACAUGGCCUUGCUGGGCCACAGUCUGGCAGCUUACAUCUCCGUGUUAGACAGAGAGCGGCUCCGGAAGCUAACCACUCGGAUUCUGUCUGACACCACGCUGUGGCUCUGCAGGAUCUUCAGGUAUGACAAUGGCUCCGCCUAUUUCCAUGAAGAUGACAGGGAUGGCCUUGUAAAGGUUUGUCGGCUUGCCAUCAACGCCCGUUACGAGGAAUAUACAACUGAAGGCUAUGCUGUCUUAAGCUCCAGACAGCCAGUUAUCUACCAAAGCGCCUCCUGCAGGCCUGGCCUGGGACAACACCUAUGCAACCAGCUUGGCUUGCCUCUGUCCAGCCUGUGCACAGUGCCAUGUAACACCAUCUUUGGAUCCCAGCACCAAAUGGAUGUUGCCCUGUUGGACAAGUUGAUCAAAGAGGACACAGAUGCUGGGAAGCUUCCUUUGCUGCUGAUCGCCAACGCAGGAACCCCUGAAGCAGGUCAUACAGACAAACUGAGUCGCCUUAGGGAGCUGUGUGACCAGCAUGGUAUAUGGCUUCAUGUGGAGGGGGUCAACCUUGCCACCCUGGCUCUGGCCCAGGUCACCUCUGCUGUCAUGGGAGCCACCAGAAGUGACAGCAUGACGCUGACACCUGGUCGCUGGCUCGGGCUGCCUGCAGUAACUGCUGUCACCCUCUACAGACACGAAGACCCGGCCCUGUCCCUGGCAGCUGGUCUGACCUCCAGCCAGCCUGUGGAGAAGCUGCGGGCGCUGCCUCUGUGGCUCUCUCUCCAGUACCUGGGCCACAACGGCAUUGUUCAGAAGAUCAGACACGCCGCCGCUUUGAGCCAGCACAUUCUGCUGAAGCUGAAAUCUGUGACCUGCAUCAGAACUUUGGUGGAAGAUGAACAAAACUCUCCUGUCGUGCUGUUUAAGUUUUCCCAGGAGUCGAAUGCUGGAGGCAGUGGGGGGUCUGUGGACGGUUUGUGUGCUGGAGAGAAGGAGGCGCUGGAUACAAUCAACAGAUGGAUGGGUGAGCAGCUUGCUCAGCUGGUUCCCACUAGUGGAGUGGAUGUGGUGGAGCUGGAAGAUGAAGGGACCUGUGUGCGUUUCAGCCCCCUCCUCACAGCUGCAGUGCUGGGAACCCAGCAGGAAGAUGUUGAUGAAGUGGUGCAGAAACUCCUGGAGCUGGUGCCGAUGAUGUCAGCCACAAUGAACUUAAGACAGGACUUCAGGGAGGAGACCCACCGCCACGCACUGUCACUCACAUACAUAGAGGAGCUGAGCUGGCCUGGUCUGGGAGCAGUCCGGUAUGAAUCCCAGGCUGAAGGAGCAGAUGAGAGCAGGAGGAAACAGGAGCAGAAGAAAAUCAACGAUGCACUGCUGACAAAACUACAAGAGCUUGACACAGACAUCUUUUUCUCCACUGGCCCUGAGUUUGUGACGGAAGAGAACUGCAUCUUUGUGGGCAUGGUGACAGAUGAUGUUGAUGUGUCAGAGCUGGUGGACACGAUAUCCACACUGGGAAGAGACAUAGAGGAGAGUGGAAGGUUACUGGAGAACAUGACAGAGCGUGUGAGGAAGGGCAUCCUGGAGGCAGAGCUGCAGCUGCAAAAGGCCAACGAGGAGAAACUCCUGGAGGAGGGGAUGCUGAGACAGCUUCCUGUGUUCGGCUCUGUGCUGAAUUGGUUCUCUCCCGUUGAAAGCUCCGUAAAGGGAAGGACUUUUAACCUGGCAGCAGGUUCUCUGGAUUCCACAGACGUGACUUAYUCCACCAAAGUCCAGGCAGGCAGGAUGUCCCUCCAAGACAUCCCCACCCUUUCAGCUAAGAGACUGUCAGGUCAGAGGUUAUUUCGGCGCCCAGGUGCAGGUUCUGACUCGAUGAGCGAGACCAGCUCCAUCGGACCAGUUGACGAGUCAUCUAGAGUGGAGAACUUCACCAUGAGCCCCAACAUUCACCCUUCCAUGUCCAUGUCUCCACCCGAGACAGCGGAGCAUGCCGAGGCCUACGUCAGACCAGCAGGUCUCCUUGGGAACCCAGAGCAGGUAGAGGCUGAGGAGGAGAGGCAGCCUGAAGGCCAAGAGGAGGAUCUGAGUGGGAGAUAGAUCCACUGCAUGUCCAGGUGUCCGCCAUCCAUCCUGCACAUGCAGCCAGUCUAACAUGGGCUAAACCAAGACACUUGGAGUCCAACCUCUGCAGAAGGCCACCUGAGCAGUUUGUAUCUCUCAUUUCAAUGUUUCAGGAUGCCAAAACAACCCAACCAGUCCCUCCGUGUGACUCACUGUGAACUCGGAUCAGUGCAUUUCUACCAGUCUUCCUCUCUUCUGCCUUCACCUCUCUGUUGGUAACAUCACUUAGUGGCUUUCAGGUUGGAGAUGUAGGCUCAUCACACCUGGAACUGUUUUGAAGACUUUCCAAUAAACACCCCAGUUGACAUGUUUA